UUCAUCGCAUCUCGCUUUAGUUCGCUUUUCCGGGCAAAAAAAGGUGUUUACGAUUGUUUGGUUUGUUACAGAAAAAGGCCAAAUAAUCCCCCAAAGCCUCCAAAAUGUCAAAGAAAAUGUCGCGUUACCCAAGCGACUGCAAAGUCUACGUGGGUGAUUUGGGCAACAAUGCCAGCAAACAGGAGUUGGAGGAUGCCUUCAGCUACUAUGGCCACUUGAGGAACGUCUGGGUGGCCAGAAAUCCGCCCGGAUUUGCAUUUGUGGAGUUUGAGGAUGCCAGGGAUGCUGAGGAUGCGGUCCGUGGGCUCGAUGGCAGGACAAUUUGUGGCCGAAGGGCUCGUGUGGAGUUGUCCAAUGGCAAGUCUGGACGUGGGUAUCGAGGCCCAUCUUCCCGCAGCCGCGGGGCUCGGGUUUUCCAUCCCGAUGAUCGAUGCUACGAGUGUGGAGAUCGUGGGCAUUAUGCCAGGGAUUGCACGCGUUAUGGGAGACGCGGAAGACGCAGGUUGAAGUGGCUGCUGAAAGAUUUUCCUUUGAAAUCCUUCACACGAAUCACUUGAACUUCUUCUCCACAAUGAGAUCACACUGUCUAAAGUCUACGACCUAUUUGGGUAUAGGGGUAAAAAAAAAGAAAAGUCAUUCAGCGCAGUCUUCGCGACGUAGAAAUAAUAAAAAAAAGAAAGGGCAAGAAAGAGAGAGAGAGUGGUGAAAGAGGGUGGAAAAAAAUAAAGAAAAUGGUAGGGGAUAGGAUGAGAGUGACUGUAAUAGGACUGUAUGUGUGAUCUUCGUCCAGAUAAGCCAAAAAAAUCUAUCAGAAAAAAAGUAUGCACAAGAUCCUCAUGCACGAAACAAAAACGCCGUGACGACGCACGCACAAGAAUUUCCCCGAGACAGAUACGAAAAAAAAUAACGCAUAGAAAAAAUCAGAGAAAAAGGGUAGAUGAGAGUGUCCUCCUUCUUCGAUUGUCAGAAAUGUUCUACGAGAGUGAAUUCACUUCAAAUUGCGCUUCUUCUUCUCUCCACACAAAAUUCACCGUGGACUUCACACAAUGAGUUGUUCUUCCCUCCAUGUAUCUUCUCAGCCACAUGAGUAGCCAAGAAAAGCCAAAGUGUUGUGCUCCAAGAGAGACUCACACGACACUGUGUACGCUAAGCUCAAAAGAAAAAUGGUGAGAAUAUUGUGUGGGAGCCUGAUGAAAGACAAAAAAAAAAAAAAAAACAGAUCAAUCCCUAAAACUUCAGGCUUCAAUCCAUCGUCAUCAAAUUCUCACUCAGUGAAUGUCCUGAUAAAAGCUUUUCAAACAAAUUCAGAGUUUAUAAUUCUAAAAAAUAUGUGUUUCAAUCAAGAACUUUUGCUCAACUGUUUAUUUGUGAGUGAGUUUGUUGAAAUAUUAAAAAAAACCAAAAAAAAAGCCAAUAGCACAUUCACACAACUUUUUUUUCAAUAAUUUUUAAUUUUCUUGAGAUACUUUUUUUUGUUGAAAUGUCUUGUUUUUGUUUUCAAAUGAAUAUGAAAAUUUGUCCUUUUUAUUUGAGUAUCUCUCUUCCUCUUGAAUUCACUGAGAACUUUUGUGAUAUAAUACAAUUCCUAUUUUACGGUGGAUUUUUAUAUUCAAAUUAGCCAUUUUAAUUUUUAAAUUGAUUUUUUUGAAAGAAAAAUAUUAUUUGGAAUAAUUUUUGUAGAAAACAAAAAAAAAUAUACUUUUUUAUUUUCUCAAAUUUUACACCAAAUAUUAAUUUCCUUUUUUACUAAAAUAAAUUUCAAGUUUAAAUGGUUGGUUUGAUAAAAUUUCAUUGUUGAUGAAAUAAAUCAAAAUUUGCAUCUAUAUUUACUGAAAAAAAAAAACUCUUUCAAAGUUACUAAAGCUGCAAUUUCUUGAAUUUAUCUGGUAAUUUGAGAAAUGUUGUAUUUAUUUUUUAAGGUAAUAAAAUAAAAAAAAAAA